GAACAUCUCGCUUAUCGCAUGAAACUUGCGCAGUCGACACGUUGGCUGACAAGAAACUGCUGUGCCCAUAAACCGCUGACAGUGAAAGUGUCUUGCCUCGCGACUCGCCGCUGACUCUAAACGUGCUUAUAUCUCCGCCUUCAGGCAAAUUUGUAUCGCGGAUACCACCUUGCGGUCAUUACCAUUUUCUCAGCGAUUUCUUGAUGUCUCUCUGAGAUUGUGCGCGGUUGCUCGAAGCCCAGAAACUAUGCAAUGCGACACCGCAUGGUGUACAGGAUCCAUAGGACUCGCCUUCAGCACCCCGGACCUUAAACUGCACAUGGCGUUUUGCGCAGUCCUCCGAGAACCACCUCCGUCGAACGGAGCGCCCAAGCUUCAAUAUGACCGCAGCCCCGACGCCGCCGUGUCGCCGAUGGGGACACGUCGAAAAUUCUUGGGAGCUCAGAUGAUAGGCCGAUGAUGUCACUUGCGGUGCACUGCGGGACUCCUUCGAAGUUCGACCACCCGACUGAACGGGCCACAGCAUCGACACCACUAGAGUCAGUCCGGCGCGAGUGCAUCAUUUCUCCGGCUCGCGGCUUCGAGCCAUAUAUGUACCGUCGGCCCUCCCUUUUGAGCGCACCUACUUCUGUUAGCAACUCCCACCAUGGCCUACAACUACUACCAAUCAUCCGUGCCCGGCUGGGGCACCUCACAGUUCCAGUUUGGCAGCCCUUGGGCACCGUCCUUCCAGCCACAACCAUCAUGGCGCGGCUUGGACUUCUACAACGCGCAUGCGUACAAUCCCGACCCGACUCUCUAUCACUCUGUGAUGGGCCGUGCGUCUCAAUUCUCAGCAAUGGGCAUCAGCCACGGACAUGCACGCCGAUGGCGCGACUCCGUCUAUAGUGGCAUGGUUCCACUUACUCAAUUACUCCCAACCGAUAUCGGUGCGGCGGCAGCGUACGAAAUGUACCGCACCUGGAAGCACAACAAUUACCUGUACGAACCUCUCAGCGCGGAUCGCGCGCAACAACGCGAAGGCCUGAUCGGGAUGGCCAUCGCCGAAGCAACUCGACUAUGGCAGUAUACAGGACGUCCGACAGACACGUAUGGCUUGAGGGCUGCGUGCGAGGCCGCCGCAGCCACAGCCUCCAUGCUUGCAGAUCGCCUCUUGGGCUCCAUCUACGGGGGAAUGCCCCAACGAGCGUCCCCUUACAUGGCAGGGGGUGGCCUCCCCCUCCCUGGCACCCCCGCGAGUCUCGGCGCCGGCAUGUCUCUCGGCGGCGCGUCACCCAUGCUAGGCGCGUCCCCGAUGAUGAGCUCCGGUAUGGCCUCGCCCUACGGCGUUGCUGCUUCGCUGCCCGGCUCGUACGGCGCGGGCGCCAUGGCACCCGCGGGCCAGACGAUCGUCGUCGACGUCGAACGGCCGCAUAGCCGGCACUCGCAUCGGCAUGGCCAUAGCCACGGGCAUGGGCACAGGCAUGGGCACCACCACGGACAUCACCAUCGACGCGCGCGGAGUGUUGAUGUUAUCCGUCCGGGUGGUGGAUAUGGAUAUGGCGGCUAUGAUGGAUACAGCGGAGGGUACGGCGGCGGAUACGGUGGAGGGUACGGUGGUGGGUACGGUGGGUAUGGCGCCGGCGGAUAUGGCACCGGCGGAUAUGGUGUGGGAGGGUUUGGAGGAGGAAUUCGUAGGGCCGUCCACAACAUCACAUCCGGUGGGUACGGCGGGCGAUACUAUUGAAGGGAUGUGAACGAUCAUCAGACUCUCCCGACAUCUAUAUUGUACUAAUGACUUCCUAUUUACCUUGUAUGUAUUGUACCUGUGCUACUAUCAGUGUAUGU